AUGUAUGCUCGCAUUAUCUUGGUUGUACUCCUUCUCAAUGCCGUUAGAAGAAGUGAAGGUGAAGCUGGUGGUAUAACGAGCGAAGAUACAAUCGGUGCUGGGGAUACCGCCGCAAGAUCUGAGAGUGCUGGAAAAAACAAUGGUGAAGCUGAAGCUGUUGAAACGAGCGAAGAUAGGACUGAAGAAGGAAGAAAUGGUGCUGUGGAGACCGUCGCAGGGUCUAAGGGUGAGAUCGCCGCACAAGGAGCAAAAAAUGGCGUUGCUCCUGGAGGAAGUAAUGACGCUUGCGUAACACAAAAACAUGCUGAUGAAAGUGGCAGCGCUGGCGACGCUGGCAAAAAGACUGAAGGACACCUCGUUAAUUGCCAGACGAUUGCCAACAGUGCAAUGGAUAAAUUCAUAAAGCAAUCUCCAAAUGCAGGAAAUAAUGAACUAUCGACUCCACCACUUGAGUGUCACUCUUUUGCUGUCGAUUUGAGCAAAGGACCUCAUAAAGAUUUUAAAGCUUUCUGUAAAUUCGUAACAUAUGACGUCAAAAACCCAAAAGAUAUGCGUGAACAUCUCACAAAACUCAACGGCACCGAAUUCUCUAGACUAGCUUAUGUAAGUGAUCUCUCUUCUGUUAGAGCCACCGCUUCGACUCUGUUGUAA